AUGGAACAACCUCCAGGAUUUGAAGACCCCAACCAACCAAACCAUGUGUGUAAACUUAAUCGUGCUCUCUACGGUCUCAAACAAGCUCCACGCGCUUGGUUUCAACGUCUAAGCACAUUUCUCGUUGCUCUCGGUUAUCAAAAUAGCCAAGCUGACCCAUCUUUAUUUGUUUACAACCACCAUGGGAUCCUAAUUUACCUCCUUAUCUACGUAGACGACAUUGUUCUUACCGGUAAUAAUAAUGACACAUUCAUUAACAAUUUUACAUCUCGUCUUCACAAGGAAUUCAAAAUCAAGGAUCUAGGUUUGGAGGUAACUCACACCAAAUUGGGUCUCUUUCUAAACCAAUCUAAAUAUGCUUACGAUAUUCUCUCCCGAGCCGGCUUACUUGACUCUAAACCCGUUACUACUCCUCUUACAUCAAAGGAUGUGUUCACUACUGAUGGCCAACCAUUCCAUGAUCCUACCCUUUACCGAUCUCUCGUCGGCGCACUACAAUAUCUCACCAUCACCCGUCCCGAACUCUCAUACGCAGUCAAUCAAGCUAGCCAAUUUUUACAAAACCCCAACAUCACUCACUUUCAACUAGUUAAACGAAUUCUUCGAUACGUCAAAGGCACUCUCUCUCAUGGCCUAAUUUUUGAUAGACCACCUAACACUGUUUUAUUAGGUUUUUCGGAUGCAGAUUGGGUGCGAUGCAUUGACACUAGAAGAUCAACAUAUGGCUACUGCAUAUACUUGGGUGGAAACUUGGUCUCUUGGAGUGCUAAGAAGCAACCUACGGUUUCUAGAUCAAGCUGUGAAUCCGAAUAUUGA